UGAAAAACUUCCGGCGGGAACCGGAAGAUGCGGUCACACACAGAAUCCCGGGCCUUCUGACUCGCCGGGCGGGAAGAUGUCAUCAUUGCCAAGAAGAGCAAAAGUCAAGGUCCAGACUGUGGUAUCCAAAGAUGAAUUCUCUUCCUUCUCAGAGUUAUCAUCUGCCUCUGAAGAAGAUGACAAGGAAGAUAGUGCCUGGGAGCCCCAAAAGAAAGUGCCCAGAAGUCGUAAGCAGCCUAUUCCCAAGGAAUGCAAACCAAAGAGGGUGCGACGGGUAAAGAAGACCACCCUACAGAUCAGUGAUGGCUCGGAAGGUGUGGCUGUUAAGGAGGAGCUGAAUAACUCUGUGGCUAUUGCUGAUGUUGAUUUGGAAGACAGAAAAAAUAAGUUGGAUACUGUGCAGACUCUGAAAACAGCAAAGACAAAACGGAAAAAUUCAGCUCAGUCACCUUCUGGUCAGAGGACCAAAAAGCUAAAAGUUGAUGAAGAAGGCAACAGGGCUAGCACCAUGGAGAGCGGGCACGAGGCUGCAGAGAUGCCGUCCACAAGCACCAUGUGGGAAGGUGCAUGCAAGAAGGAAGAGAAUGGAGAUGACUUUACAUUUGGUCAGUCCCCUUUAAAGAAAAUGAAGACGGAAACAUGUCCCCAAGGGCAGCCUGUGAGGCUUCCAGCAAAUGCCACCAAUAUUAAGGAGGAGGUGGAAAUGAACUGGGACAUAGUACAGGUUUUAUCUGAGAGAACUAAUAUUGAACUUUGGGUUUGUGCCAACAUUAUUCGUCUCUUUAAUGACGAUAACACAAUUCCCUUCAUUAUACGGUAUCGAAAAGAACUCAUUAAUAACCUUGAUGCUGAUUCCUUGAGAGAAGUUCGACAAACCCUAGAGGAGCUCCGGGCUGUUGCAAAGAAGGUUCAUAGUACAAUCCAAAAAAUUAAGAAGGAGGGGAAGAUGUCUGAGUGCUUGUUAAAAGCCUUACUGAACUGUAAAACUUUUGAAGAACUAGAACAUGUGUCAGCUCCAUAUAAAACUGGGAGCAAAGGCACUAAGGCCCAGAGAGCAAAGCAGUUGGGAUUAGAAGGAGCAGCCAGGACACUGCUUGAGAAUCCAGGGCAGCUCAAUCUGCUAUCUUACAUUAAACCCAAUGUAAAAGGACUUUCAGCACUCCAGGAUAUUGAAACGGGAGUGCAGCAUAUUUUAGCAGACAUGAUUGCUAAAGACAAAGACACGCUUGACUUCAUUCGGAAAUUGUGCCAAAAUAGGUAUAUUUGCAUCCAGUCAUCUCUGGCGAAGGUGUCCUCAAAAAAAGUGAAUGAGAAAGACGUUGAUAAGUUUCUGCUCUACCAGAAUUUUUCAUGCAACAUAAGAAACAUCCAACAUCAUCAGAUCCUGGCAAUUAACCGUGGGGAAAAUUUGAAGAUACUGACUGUUAAGGUCAACAUUUCUGAUGGCGUGAAGAAUGAAUUCUGUAGGUGGUGCAUCCAAAACAGGUGGAGACCACGUGGCUUUGCAAGGCCGGAGUUAAUGAAGAUCUUACACAGUUCACUGGAUGAUUCUUUUAAACGCCUUAUUUAUCCUCUCCUCUGUAGAGAGUUCAGGGCCAAACUAACAUCAGAUGCAGAGAAGGAAUCAGUAAUGAUGUUUGGACGGAACCUUCGUCAGCUCCUUUUAACAAGUCCUGUUCCAGGGCGCACCCUGAUGGGGGUGGAUCCUGGUUACAAACAUGGUUGCAAAUUGGCUAUAAUUUCUCCUACCAGUCAGAUACUUCAUACUGAUGUGGUUUACUUGCAUUGUGGACAAGGCUUCCGAGAGGCAGAGAAAAUAAAGAGGCUUUUGCUGAAUUUCAACUGCAGCACGGUGGUGAUUGGAAAUGGAACUGCCUGCCGGGAAACAGAAGCUUACUUUGCUGACCUGAUAAUGAAAAAUUACUUUGCACCACUGGAUGUUGUUUACUGUAUCGUCAGUGAAGCAGGGGCAUCAAUCUACAGUGUCAGCCCUGAAGCUAACAAAGAGAUGCCGGGGCUGGACCCUAAUUUGAGAAGUGCAGUUUCCAUAGCAAGGCGUGUACAAGACCCAUUAGCUGAGCUGGUGAAAAUUGAGCCGAAGCACAUUGGAGUCGGAAUGUACCAGCAUGACGUAUCUCAGACUUUGCUCAAGGCAACACUGGACAGUGUUGUAGAAGAAUGUGUCAGCUUUGUGGGAGUGGAUAUUAACAUCUGUUCUGAAGUUUUGUUGAGGCAUAUUGCAGGACUCAAUGCCAACCGAGCCAAAAAUAUUAUUGAAUGGCGAGAGAAAAAUGGACCCUUUGUCAACCGAGAACAGCUAAAAAAAGUGAAAGGGCUGGGUCCAAAAUCUUUCCAACAGUGUGCUGGCUUCAUCAGAAUCAACCAGGAUUAUAUUAGAACAUUUUGCAGUAGUCAGCAAACCGAAUCUGCGGGCCAAAUUCAGGGAGUUGCUGUGACAUCUUCAGCAGGUGUUGAGGUCACAAAUGAGAAGCAGGGCAAGAAGAAGAGCAAAACUGCAGUAAAUGUUGUACUGAAGCCAAAUCCUUUGGACCAAACUUGUAUUCACCCGGAAUCGUAUGACAUAGCGAUGAGGUUUUUGUCAUUCAUCAGAGGGACGCUGUAUGAGAUUGGAAAACCUGAAAUGGAGCAAAAAAUAAAUUCGUUCCUUGAAAAGGAGGGCAUAGAGAAAAUUGCAGAAAGUUUGCAAACAACAGUUCACACCUUACAGGUCAUCAUAGAUGGUCUCAGCCAGCCUGAGAGCUUUGACUUUCGAACAGAUUUUGAUAAACCUGAUUUCAAGAGAAGCAUAGUCUGCUUGGAAGACCUGCAGGUUGGGACAGUUCUCACAGGCAAAGUCGAGAAUGCCACUCUGUUUGGAAUUUUUGUAGAUAUAGGAGUGGGGAGAUCAGGGCUGAUUCCCAUACGAAAUGUAACAGAAGCAAAACUUUCUAAAACAAAGAAGAGAAGGAGUCUUGGACUGGGCCCUGGAGAAAGAGUGGAAGUCCAAGUACUCAACAUUGACAUCCCCCGAUCUAGGAUUACUCUGGACCUCAUUCGGGUGUUCCAGGCGCACAGUAACUGGGGAGGUUCUCCCCAAGAGAGCAACUCGCCUUUGGAUGUCUUUCUCCAGUCCCAGCCAUGGUUCUUUGAUCACUUGAUGACAUUUGCCCACCUGCUUCCCAGGUUUGAAUCUUGGCCAUGAAGAAGAGAGUGGCACCAGUGAAAGUCGGACCUAAGAAAGGAGAGUGAAAACAGCAUAGAACAGAUGGGACAAACAGAAACACAGGUAAGAUGAUAUAUACAAACCCUAAUACAUCAAUAUUUACUUUAAAUGUAAGUACUUGGAUUAAAAGGCAAAGAUUAUUCAGUCCGGAUGAAACAACAGAAACAAAACCAUGGAGCUCAAGCAGGAGAGCCUGCGCAAAGAAGCAGAGAGGAUGCAUUUGCAGGCACAUUUCAGAACAGCCUACCAAGGUGUGUUUCCCCACAUUGAGGGACACAUCCCGAAGUGUGACACCUGAUCCUUCGUGAACAGUAGCAGGAGUCAAAUGCACAGGCCAGUGGCAGAUGCUUCCCCGAGACCAGAUUUGGUUUUGAGAAACAAAAAGAAGAUGGACUGAACAAGGAAUCACACACUUAGAGUUCACCAAGGGUGCCGCUGAUAAAGGCAUAACACCUGGCUCCCCAAGUGUAAUUCCAACAAGAAUGUUGAUAUUAACAAGUUGGAUGCAAGUGAAACAAUGAAGAUGUGUUGGAACCUCCCACAUCCACCCAUUGUGUGACUUCUUUGUGGAAUUGGAUCAUAGUUUUGGAAUACUGGAAGAGUAGGGGUUUUUCUUCUCCUCCUCCUCCUCCUCCUCCUUCUUUUUUUCUGUUCACAAUGUAGUGGCUAUAGACGUGACAUAUUUUUAAGUUUCAUCUGUAUCAUUAACAUUUUCUCCAUCACUUUCUUAGAUCUAGACCAGAGUCCGGCAAACUACAUCCCAAGAGCCACAUUAAACUUAGUUCACCUUACUGUUUUAAAUUAUCCAUUCAGGUCUAAAUAUCAUAAGACUUUGAUAGGCACCAAAAUAUGUGAAUAAGCUCUUGUUAGAAGUACAAGAAAUAUUGUACAUCAUUUCUUUUUCCCUUGAGCUUCUAUUUUCCUUUCACUUCUUUCACAUAAUUUUAUCCCAGUGGAGUAUCAUUAUGCUUAAACAUUUUUUGUGUUAUUCCUAUCAUAUUUCUCUGCAACAAAAAAUGUAUGAAUUAAAAUUUAAUUUGUUUUAA